UCGAAUUUUAUAAAAAAAAAAAAUACAUGGGCAAUUUGUGCUCAAUCCAAAUCUCAACAGAUGACACAGUCUCUCGUUGUUGGGAUUGCAUAGUUGGACGAGCGAAUUACACUUGUAAGCUAGACAAAAACCUUAGAGCUCUACGUGUUGCAGUGGAGGAAUUGAAAGCACUAAGAGAUGACGUGAAUCGGAGGGUUCAUUGUGCUGAACAACAACUCAUGAUCAAGCGGCUUAGCCAAGUUCAAGUUUGGCUUUCAAGAGCGGAAACUAUGAUAAUGGAAGCUGAGGAAUUGAUAAGAGAUGCCUCUACAGAAAAGGAGAAACUAUGUCUCGCAGGCUGCUUCUCCAAGAAUUGCAAAUCUGGCUACAAGUUUGGUCGACAAGUGGCUAAGAAACUUAAACAAGUAGUUGCUCUAAAGAGUAAAGGAGUUUUUGACAAGGUAGCUGAGAACGAACCUACAGGUCCAGUGGAUGUGAGACCGAUUGAGCCCACCGUGGGCUUGGAAUCAACAUUGGCUAAGGUCUGGAGCUUGCUUCAAGACAAACAAGUUGGAAUGAUUGGUUUAUACGGAUUGGGAGGAGUUGGGAAGACAACACUCUUGACCCAAAUUAACAACAAGUUGAGUGGUAAUUCCUUAGAUUUUGAUGUUGUAAUUUGGGUGGUGGUGUCUAAAGAUCACACGGUCGAAAACGUUCAAGAAAAGAUUGGGAAAAGGGUAGGCCUUUUUAAUGGGUGGAUGCAGAAUAAAAGUUCUGAUGAGAAAGCUGUAGACAUCUUCAGGAUUUUGAGUAAAAGAAAAUUCGUUUUGUUCUUGGAUGAUGUAUGGGAACGGGUGCAUUUAACCAAGAUAGGGAUACCUUUGCCGUGCCAGGAAAAUGGUUCCAAGGUUGUUCUCACUACUCGUUUUCUAGAGAUAUGUAAUGAAAUGGAAGCUCAGAAAGUCAAGGUAGAGUGUUUGAGAGCAAAUGAAGCUUGGGAAUUGUUUCGAGAGAAAGUUGGAGAAGAAACCCUUCAUAGCCAUCCAGAUAUUCCAGGGUUAGCCCAAAAGGUGGCUGAAAAGUGUAGUGGGUUGCCUCUUGCACUAAUUACUAUUGGCCGAGCCAUGGCCAGCAAGAAGACACCCCAGGCAUGGGAAUACGCAGUUGAGGUCAUGAAGAAAUCUGCACAUAAAUUUGCAAGAAUGGGACAAGAGGUGUAUCCUCUUUUAAAAUUCAGUUAUGAUAGUUUGCAUUGUGACACGAUGAGAUCUUGCCUCUUGUACUGCGGUUUGUAUCCUGAAGAUGUUCUUAUUUUGAAAUCUGAGCUGAUAGAGUAUUGGUUCUGUGAGGGGCUCUUGGAUGAAUUUGACAGCGUAAGAAGAGCUCGAUUGCAAGGAUACAACAUCAUCGAUUCUCUUGUUAAUGCUUGUUUAUUAGAAGAAGAUGGAGAAUACUACGUGAAGAUGCAUGAUGUGAUUCGUGACAUGACAUUGUGGAUAGCAGGCGAGUCUGAAGCACCUGAAAAGAGCUUUUUUGUACAAGCAGGGCUCCAAUUGAAUGAAACACCAGAUGUUGGAAAAUGGGAAAAUGUAAGAAGAUUAUCAUUGACAGGCAAUAAAAUCAAAGAUCUCACAUCAACACCCACAUGUCCUAAUCUUGAAACUUUGUUACUUAACUAUAAUGAGUUGGAGGUGAUCAGUGAUGGCUUCUUCAAAUUGAUGCCUAAUCUCAGAGUUUUGAACUUGGCAGGUAACCGGGGUCUGAGACAAUUGCCAGAGGGAAUUUCAGAAUUGGUUUCACUGGAAUGUCUUAAUCUAUCACGGACAGGUUUAAGAGAGCUGUCAAUUAAGCUGAAGAGCCUGACGAAAUUAAGAUACCUGGACCUGAGAUACACGGACGAUCUUAGAAGAAUUCCAGGGAAACUGUUAUCUAGCUUCCCAAAGCUGCAAAUAUUCAGAAUGUUUCGGUCUGGUGGUGGUUAUUCUCAAGAAGAAAUGGUUGAAGACAAUGAGGAUGGAAUAGUGGAAUUGGGGUGGUUGCCACAUUUGAAUGGAGGGAUUAAUGAUUUUCAUAAUCCAUACGAAACAGAUGGAGACAAUCUCCUGAAUGAUGGUAAUGAAGGUCUAAUAGAGGAAUUGGGGUGUUUGCAAUCUUUGAAUACGCUGAGUAUUCAUAUAAUGAGUGCGUCUGCUCUUAAAAGAUUUUUGAGCUUCCACAACUUACAAGGCUGCACUCAAGAACUAUCUCUUUGUGUUUUUAAAGAGUCAAACUCAUUAAAUGUUUUAGCCUUAGCAAAUAUGCAGUGUCUAGAGAGACUAGAUAUCAGUGAAUGUGCAAGAUUGGAAGAGAUGAAGAUAGAGAAGGAAGGGGGAGGAAGAAUGAUACAAGCCUCACUGUUUCCUACCCUUCGAGAGGUUACCAUAUUUGAGUGCGGCAAUUUAAGGGACAUGACAUGGAUUAUUCUUGUUCCAAAUCUAAGAUUUCUUUGGGUUGUUAGUUGCCCAAAAAUGGAAGAAAUAAUGAGCAAGGAAAAAAUGAGUGAAGCUGCAGAUAUGGUUAAAAGUUUGAAUCCAAACCCAUUUGCUCAACUACAAAAUCUUACUUUACAAUUUUUGCCAGAGUUGAAGAGUGUACACUGGGAUGUGCUACCCUUCCCAUGUUUGACAGAAAUCUUUGUGAGGGAAUGCCCCAAACUGAGGGAGCUCCCUCUUAGCUCGGACAGUGCUAAGGGAAAUCAAAUCUGCAUUCAAGGAGAAAAGGAGUGGUGGGAAACACUAGAAUGGAAGAAUACAGCCACUCAGAAUGCUUUUCUUCCUUUCUUCGAACCCCACUGAUGGUGAAAUAAAGAGAAUCCUGAAGACAUCAGAGCUGUGAGAUUUUGGAAAGUCCAGCUAAGAAAGUUAUUGAAGGCGACUUUGAGAAAAUAAUGAAGACUGCAAACACAUGGAAUGAUUCAACACGCGGAAUGAUUCAACACACAAUGUAUUGUCACUUUUCUUUUCUCUUCUGUUGUUCAUUUCUCUGCUAUUUCUGCUGCUCAAAACCAAAGAAACUACUAAUGGACUUUCUCCAUUUCUCUGAUAAUAUUUGUAAUCUGCAGCCCUUCAUAGUCUUUGGGGAGGUGUUGAGAAAAAAGAUAAUCUGACAAGUGAGUCUGAUGAUUGGUACAGGCUUUACUAGGAAGAUAAUUGUGAAAUAGGGUGUUGUUUGGAUUUCAAUGUUUGUCAUCAUCCUGUGAGUACCUUUGGAAGCUAGGAAUUAUAAACUGUUUGAAAAUAUGAUGAAUCAACUCCCAGAUAGUUGGUUCAUUGUGGUUAGAAUAAUCUCAAUUCACUUGGCAUGGCAGUUAGGAACUUUCCUUGCUUUUAAUGACUUAGUGGCCUUCUUAGUCUACUGAUGAGUAUGACUUUCCCCGAUUCUCAGAUAAUUGUAAUCCACACACAUCCCUGCUUAUUCUUUGUGCAGGUGCUGAGAAAAAUGCAUGAGAAUCUGACCACAGUUUGGUGCUUGCAACAAGUCUGUUUGUUUGAUGAUAGCUACGUGCAUAUGUUAAAAUCAACAGUGGAGAGGAAGAAUGCUGGAAAUAGUUAGAAAGAGAGGAUCGAUGCAGUGACACUAAACACUUACUUACAAAAUGGUCUACAGUUUUCUCGAGUAUAUGAUCUCGAGAGGCAGAAAAUCAAUGGAGAUUAUUGCAAUUGCAUUGCUACUGUU